CAGUGGAACCAUGGCAGGAACCAGCCUGGGGGCCCGCUUAUACCGGCAGGUCAAGAGACAUCCGGGGCUCAUCCCGAUGAUCGGCUUCAUCGGCCUGGGUAUGGGCAGCGCCGCGCUCUACCUGCUGCGACUCGCCCUGCGCAGCCCUGACGUCUGCUGGGACCGAAAGAACAACCCGGAGCCAUGGAACCGCCUGAGUCCUAAUGAUCAGUAUAAGUUUCUUGCCGUUUCCACCGACUACAAGAAGCUGAAGAAGGACCGGCCGGACUUCUGAGCUGGGCUCGGGGGCGCAUUCAAUGCAAGCCGCGGUCAGCAGGCUAGCUCCUGCCCAGGCCCUGCUCACGCAGACCCGGGGUUCCCACGCAGCGGGGAUCCA